AUGCAAGCCAACGCCCAGGAGAGGGAGGGGAAGGAAAGAAAUGGGGGCAACAAAUAUCUCAAACGGUCCAAUCAACCACCAAACAGUACCAAUUCUCUUACCCUCACCCCUCGACACCAGGAUUUCCUCAUCCCUACAAGUUUCCCGUCAUUUAGGCCACGCCCGCAGCUUAUCCCGCCUGCAUCCAUCUGCACGCGUAGUCAACGGAAAGACCAUAUCAGCAGAGUUAUUAUGUCCCACGGCAAUCAGCACUAA